AUGGCCGACGGCGUGCAGCGGCGCCUCGAGGAGGGCGUGGACGAGCUCGAGUCUCUCGUGACGCGUCGCCUGCUGCAGGAGGAGGAAGCGCGCGAGGUCCUCCGACGCAGGCGGGACUUCGAGUUCGCGUGCAGCAGCCGCGGUGACCCGGCGGAGACGGUGCAACAGUUUCUGCUGUACAUCCAGUACGAGGCGAACUUGCUGUCGCUGCUGAGGCACCGCUGCAGCUCAUCGCUCCACACAGUGUUGCAGGAGUUGGAGGAAGUGCGCAGAUCCGUCUCGCUUCUCGCGCUCCGCGAAGAGGAGCCGCGGGGCGCGAGCGGGGCGAAGAAGCGGCGGGGCGACGCGUCGUCUGCGCCGCUCUCUGCGCUCCUGCAGCGCCGCAAGCGCGAGCAGUCGAGCAAGGAGAAACGCGCCGAGAACCUGAAGAGCACCCUGCAUGCAGUCUUGCGGGCAGGCACCAGUCGGCUGUACUCCCUCAUCAACCGGCUCCUCCACCGCCACUCGUCCUCGCUUCCCCUCUGGCUGUCGUGCGGCGACUUGCUGCUCCAGCUCGGCGCCAGUCGCCUCCUCCAGACCUUUUUGUUGCAGGCCAUCCGCAGGUUUCCCCGGCUCUCUUCGCUUUGGAUUCUGUCGGCCGACCGGCUGCUGCAACAGGGGAACCUCCAGGGCGCCCGCCUGCUGCUGCUUCACGGCCUCCGGGUGGAACGCGAGAGCCUCGCGCUCUGGUCUGACCUCCUCCGCCUGGAAGGCAUCGCCCUCGUCAAGGCUGCCCAGGGAGUGCGCCGCGCGCGCGAGAGAGCGCGCGCGAGAGAGAAAGACAAGCGAAGGAGCGGCCAGGCGGGGCCCGCAGAGGACUUUGAGCAAGAGAAAGCAGCGAAGCUGCGUGCGCGAGGCCAGGCUCUGAUGGUCGUGCUCAAAGGUGCGGCGCAACGGCUGGGGGGGGAAGGCGGGGGCAAGCAGAGACCCGCGCAGAACGGGAAAGGUGAGAAAGGCCGAUCGGCUCCAAACGCAGACGAAAUGCAAAGAGCCAAUGUCCAGGCGUUCCUCCUUCGCGCCCUCGGCCUCUGUCUCCACCUGCAGGCGUCGCAGGAAGCGGAGUUGUUGGAGGAAGCGAUUUCGGAGUUCCAACGUCAACUCGCCGACCUCCUCCACGCCGCUGCUGAAGACCAGCCGCUGCUGCGACUAUACGAAUUCAAAGUUCACCUUCUUCGCGCGGCUUCGGCCCACAGCGCUUCCACGGAGACCGAUCUGGGCGCUGGGAAACCACAGGACGCACACGUUAAACGGCGCCUGCAAGACGUCCUGAGAGACGUUGUCGCCGAGUGCUGUGUGGAUCCGCGGUUGCUGCUGCUCUUUGCUUUCUUUCUGGGGAGCUUGCAUCUGUCCAGCGCGGCCUCUCGCGACGGUCGACCGCGCCGAGACGGCGCGCCGACGGAGGCCGCGCGACAGCCGCUCAGCGGCGGUGGGGCGGAGUGGCAGUGUCUCGCCGACGACAUUGAAAUCUGCUUCGACGUGGACGGGGAAGACGCGGACACUGCGAACGGAGUCGAAGCACUCUUGUCGGACAAUCCUGCCGAGGAGGGGAGGCUCGCAGAGGACACGCGAGGAAGCCUCGCCUCCGCCGCCGAGGUUGCGCCCGUGGAGACCGCCAGCUCCGCUCUCGCGCUCGCGUCUCGGGCGCCGCUCCAGCUGCAAAAGGGAGAGGAUCUGGAGAAGCGAUUUUUCGCGGAAGACGCGGACGCGGGAGUCCAGGAGGAUCCUGCUGGUCGACAGUCUGCUGCGCCGGAGGGAAAACGAACGGCGUAUCUGGCCCGCGUGUUCAACCGCGAAGCCAAAGACGCGUUUGCAGUCCUCGCAGAGGAGGAUCUUCCGGAAAUCCGUCUCCUCCUCAAAGAGGAGCCGCGCUUCCCGGUGGCGCUGCUGCUGCACUGCCCAGACGACGGCGACGCGGGGCGAAGCCGGGAACGGCCGGAGCAGGCGACCCAGAAAAUGACUGCUUUGCUGACGGCCGACGCGUUCGCAGAGUCCCAAAAAGCGGUUCUGUGGGCGGCGCUCUGGGGCGACGCCGGCCCCAGUCGCCGCCUCUGGCUUCUCAGGUGUCUGUACACUGCAGUGCAGCAGCUCUUGGACGGGCCGUCGAAGGCCGAGCGGGACGAUUCGCGCCUUCGUUCUGCAGCGGUGUCGGCGACUGCGGAAGUCCUGCAGGCGCUCUUGACGGAGGAGGCCGAGCUGACCAUGGGCCUCGCGGAAACCGAGAGUCUGCGGACCGACCUGAACAGCGUCGUCCGCCGAGCCUUCGCAAGGUGGCCUUGCGUGUCUCUCCUCCUCCUCGCACACCACAGACUUGCCCCGCUUUCUCCCAAAGAGACGCCCACACGGACUGCUGGUCUGCAGCUCUCGGCUGCGGGCUUCUCGGGUCUCGUGCCCCAUCCGCUACAGUCUGCGGAGGCGGGUGCCCGCUUUGUCUCUGCCGCCCGGAGUCUCCUGCGGCGACUCGCCGGCGCGGGAGAGGCGCAGUUUCGGGUUCCAGAGGGCCAGAGGCUUCUGAGUGCCCUCCUCGCUCAGGAACCGCGUGGAGACAGCUGGGCUUUCAAAAGCGAAGAGAGGCAUGUCGUCCGCGGCGAUGGGGUUCCUGACUGGGUGUCCGAGCUUCUCUUGGCGGCGCGCCCAGAAGCCAUCGCGUCUUUAGUGCGUGCCUUUCUGGGGUUUCUUGAGAGCUGCGACGCGGACGGGGGAACUCGCGGGAGAAGCGAAGACCGAGGGGAGGAACGAGGAGAGGAGCGGAACGUCCCGCGAAAGAGGAGAUGUCCAGAAAGUGGAGGCCCGCCAGGCAGCGAGUCGCAAAUCGGGGGGGGGAGGCAAGCGAAGUGUCUUUCCUGGAAGCACGCGGUCAAGGCUUUAACGCAGGACAAGUUCUGUCCCGCACUAGGUGUCCCAUCGAGGCUUCUUCUCGUCCUGGCUAGCUGCGAGUUUUCUCUCGACCGCCUCUGGGACGCUGUAGCAGAGGCCGCCGCAGCGGAGAGACACGCCGGCGAGCCGAGCCUGCCGCGCCCUUCGCUCGUGGCUCUCGAAGAGGCCCAAGCGGUCUUUGAGUGUGCGCUCUGGAGCUUUGACCGUUGCGGCGUGACUUGUGCUGGCGAGGAGAGCGGGAACGCGUACUUCGAGCCAAAGCGCAAACUGGUGCCUCACGCGCGUCGCGGCGACCGCCUGGAGGCUCAAGCGAAGCCGCUGGUGCGCCAGAUUCUUCAAGUUGUUCCGCAUCUCUCCGAACUCCACCGUCUGUGGUGGAUAUCCUUUUGGCGCUUCGCACGGUUCCGCGAGGCGUGCAAGGCUCUGCCCGCGUCCGUGCCGAGUGAGAGGAAGCGGAGGAACGUGGGCACGCCCUCGGCGGGCCAUGCGCGCGAUCUGCAUGCGCCGACCCCGCGUGACGCGCUCGCUGCUUCGCCUCUCUGCGAGCUCCAAAGAGGCGGCCCCGCAGCGGCCGGAGGGAAGAGCGCGGCCAUCUCUUCCGCGUCCCGCGGGGCAGGCGGGGGAAGCGGCGAAGUCGAGCGGCGCGCCUGCCUGGCUCUGGGGACACGCGACAGCUCCUGGCUGCUCGAAGAGGCUUGUGUGCCGGGGCCAGAGGGCCGGGGCUGCCGUGUGUGUGACGCAGGCCGUCUGUGGUGUAUGUACAGCUGA